AUGAAGAUGGACCAUCCAUCACAUGGUGGUCGGUUUUCGGGAAUAAAUAGUCAAGCGGCCGAAAUCGCCUUUCAAUAUAUUGCCAAAGCAAAAUACUCCUUACGAAAUUUUUCAUUUCCAUAUUCCACAGUAAUGUUAAUGUUGAUGUUACAUUUGAAAAAUUGUAGAAUCGUUGGCGUCAAUGAAUUCCAAAUUGGUUUAUCAUCAUUAUAUUUUUCGAAUGAAAUUAAAGAUUACUUUCUAACACCUAGAAUAUGUGAAACAUUUGGUGCAUCAGAUAAAUAUGAUGAAAAUACUGAUGUAGAAUCUGAUAAAAUAGAAGAUUAUAAUGAAUUAGCAAUAGAAGAAUAA